UUUACGGGUUGGAAACAGCAAACGGCCCACGUUAAACAAAAAGUUAUGCUAGCGAUGAGCAGUUAUGGUGUAUAAAUGAUUAGCCGUGACAUUUCCCCAUUAAAAGAGCUUUAGAAUUUUUUUCUCGUUUUCAUUUCUUAAAGAACCAUGACGUUAGCAACGAUUAAGGAUGGCGAAUAUACAGCUACAAUCUACAAAAUGAUCAGAGAUGGGCGUUAUGGGGAAGCCAUCCACAUCCUCAGUAAUGAACUUCAGAAACAGCUCAAAUCCAGGGCAGCGCUGUCCCUCUUGGGGUACUGCUACUACCACAUACAGGACUAUGUGAAUGCGGCGGAGUGCUACGAGCAGCUGACCCAGCUGCAUCCGGAGGUGGAGGAGUACAAGCUGUACUAUGCCCAGUCGCUGUAUGGGGCCUGUGCUUUCCCGGAGGCCAUGAAAGCCACCUUUCUCCUGGACAACCCUAACAGCCACACGAAGAUGAUAAAACUGCAGGCUGCUAUUAAAUAUGGAGAGGAAGAUUUAUCUGGAGCAAAGAGUCUGGUGGAGCAGCUGCCGCCGGACGACCCUGACUACGAGGUGGAUCUGGGCUGUUUGCUCUACAAAGAGGGAGAGUAUGAGGAGGCCUGCAAAAAGUUCAUCACCUCCAUGCAGGUGUUGGGCUACCGUCCAGACCUGUCGUACAACAUCGCCCUCUGCUACUACAGCAUGAAGCAGUACGCCCCGGCGCUGAAGUACAUCGGAGACAUAAUAGAGCGAGGAAUCAGGGAGCACCCAGAGCUCAGCGUCGGCAUGACGACAGAAGGCAUUGACGUCAGGAGCGUGGGCAACACGUUGGUCCUACACGAGACAGCGUUGAUCGAGGCCUUCAACCUGAAGGCGGCCAUUGAGUACCAGCUGAAGAACUUCGAUGCUGCACAAGAGGCCUUGACUGACAUGCCCCCGCGGUCCGAGGAGGAGCUGGACCCGGUAACCCUCCACAACCAGGCCCUGAUGAACAUGGACACCAAGCCUACAGAGGGCUUUGAGAAGCUGGCCUUCCUGCUGCAGCAGAACCCCUUCCCUCCAGUCACCUUCGGCAACCUGUUGCUGCUCUACUGCAAAUACGAGUAUUUCGACUUGGCUGCCGAUGUUCUGGCUGAAAACGCUCAUCUGACCUACAAGUUCCUGUCUCCGUAUCUUUAUGAGUUUCUGGACGCCAUGAUAACCUGUCAGACGGCACCAGAGGAGGCCUUCCGUAAGUUCGACGAGAUAGCGGGGAAGCUGACGGAGCAGCUGCGCAAGCUGACCAAACAGGUGCAGGAGGCGAGGCAUAACCGCGAUGACGAGGUGGUGAAGAAGGCAGUCCACGAGUACGACGAGGCCCUGGAGAAGUACAUUCCUGUGCUGAUGGCCCAGGCCAAGAUCUACUGGAACCGGGAGAACUACCACAUGGUGGAGAAAAUCUUCCGCAAGUCAGUGGAGUUCUGCAACGAGCACGAUGUGUGGAAGCUGAACGUGGCCCACGUGCUCUUCAUGCAGGAGAACAAGUACAAGGAGGCCAUCGGCUUCUACGAGCCCAUCGUGAAGAAGCACUACGACAACAUCCUCAACGUCAGCGCGAUCGUCUUGGCAAACCUGUGUGUGUCGUACAUCAUGACAAGUCAGAACGAAGAGGCGGAGGAGCUGAUGAGGAAGAUCGAGAAAGAGGAGGAGCAGAUAUCGUACGACGACCCCGAUAAGAAGGUCUUCCACCUGUGCAUCGUCAACCUGGUGAUUGGGACCCUGUAUUGCGCCAAAGGGAACUAUGACUUUGGCAUUUCUCGAGUUAUCAAGAGCCUGGAGCCGUACAAUAAGAAGCUGGGGACGGACACGUGGUUCUACGCGAAGCGGUGCUUCCUGUCCCUGCUGGAGAACAUGGCCAAGCACAUGAUCAUGCUGCGGGACACCGUGGUGCAGGAGUGCAUCCAGUUCCUGGAGCACUGCGAGAUUUACGGGAAGAACGUUCCCGCCAUCAUCGAGCAGCCGCUGGAGGAGGACCGCAUGCACAUCGGGAGGAACACGGUGACCUACGAGUCCCGCCUGCUCAAGGCGCUCUUCUACGAAAUCACCGGCUGGAACCAGUAGCCACCUCGCUGUUCUAGACAGCACAUUACAUUCCAUGUGGAUAUAAAACCCAGGGAAAGCACUUGGUUGGGCCUACCAAGAAUUUAUAAAUUUUCUCAUUAGGGAUCAUUCAUUUUAUGUGCUCUUGCGUAUGUCCAUCGGAACACUUUACCUGGAGUUCAUGUUCAAGUACUCAGUCCGUUCCCCCCUAAAAAUGUCAAAUUAAUUUACAGCUCCAGUUACUCCAGAUGCACUGGUUAAUGCGUCACUGUUCAUUUUUUCACAGAGUAGACUUAUGCAUUUUAGUCUAAAAUGGCUAUGUGAAGUUGGCCAACAGCUCUCAGACAGUAUACAAAGACACUGAAUAUUAUGUGAGAUGUGUUUGUUCGGCUCUGAUUUUUGACCUGAAUGUCUUUGUCAGCUGAAAAACUCAAACUGUUAUUUGACUGUUUGUGUUUUGAGUAAUGGCAUCUUCUAUGAAUGAGAGAGCUUGAAAAUCAUGCAUUUAAGCAACUGUAAUAUCACAUCUUCUGGGCCAUGA